UGUAUGUGCUCAAGCACCGUGUCAACGACGAGGAACUAUUGAACCGAGGACCAUGGAGUUGAAGACAACUCAUCUACACGGUGGUUACUGGUUACAGGUGCCCGCUGCUUCACCAUUUUACCAGCGAAACAGUAUGACAAGGGCGCGCCGAGACCUGGCGGGAAUUACCGGAAUGUCUGAGGGACAUUGUUUAGUCAUGUGCCUAAACCACCGUAUUGUCUAUUAGCGGAGACCGGAGUGGUUUCGAGAGGAGGAGGGGUAAGGGCAGACAGGUAGGAGUCUAUUGCUUCAGUAGUUGUUUCGUUUUUACUUCUUGUUACCUGGUAAAUAACCAACCACCAUGGAUAACCAUAAGGAGAAUAAGAUGAGGAAACAGUCCAUGAAAACCAAAUCUACAAAACGCAAAGAGAAGAAAUACAAAGCCGGGAAGCUUUUCAGGAGGAAAUCGUUGAAGUCCGUUGGGAAUUUUAUGAGCAGGAUACUGAAAACUUUGGGAACUUUGGCACACUUUGGCGACGUCGAGCCACAUGACGGUGAGGAUGAUGAUGGCGGGUUCAGAGACAGCGCCGCGUGCACGUUGAGUGCCAACUCAGGGAAUUUUAAUAAAGAUGAACUUCAAGUCUCGAGGGAGAUUAAGGUGAAGAAGAGCGCCUCAACGUUGUCUUCUCAUGGAUCUAUAAAAGACAGGCUGUCGUGGUGCUAUGGCGACAAAACUCCAGGUGUCCUUGGGUUGAAGAAUCAUGGAAACACUUGUUUCAUGAAUGCGGUGGUUCAGUGCCUCAGUAAUACGGACCUGCUGGCGGAGUACCUUGGUUUGGAACAAUACAAGUCUGAUUUGUGUCAGGGGAGAGUAAACGGAAUUGUAAAAAACGAGGACGCUCAACUUGCCAGGGGUGAGGUGACCACACAGUUGGCAUCCUUGGUGCGGGCGCUUUGGACCCUUGAAUAUACCCCUCAACUGUCCGUGGAAUUCAAGAGUAUUGUGUCCAAGUACGGCUCUCAGUUCAGAGGGAACUCUCAGCACGAUGCCCUGGAGUUCCUGCUCUGGCUCCUGGACCGGGUCCAUGAGGAUGCCAACCCCACCACCAACAACAACCACAGCAGCAGCAAGACCAAAGCCAACGGAAAGGGCCCGCUGGGUGGAGCGGAGGAGAGCCCUGUCUCCGGCCCAGCAGCAGCACACCAGCCUGGGACGCGGCACAGCUUCGUCCAGGACCACUUUCAGGCACAGUACAGGUACGAGGCAUAG